CGACCGAACAAGCAAAGCCGUCGCAUAUUGCGAGUUUGGCGCCGAGGAUGGAUAGGAAGAACAGGCUAUAAAUACGGCCAUGACAAAAUGCUUCCAUGACCGGGUGAGAUGCGCUGUCCUCACAUGGUCGUUUUCCUUGUCAAUCCUGCUGCGGCGCAGGAGUGGUGCACCCAGGAAAGGUGAAUGUCGACCCUCAGCCUCCAAUCGUUGGUUUGUUUUCUGCUUUUGGUCUCUGACAUUGGGUACUUUUUGAGUCUGGGUCCACCAGCUCCUAUGGCUCGAAUCCAGCCGAUACCGUUGAAUUGAUAGCGGCUGCGUGCACUAACGACGCAGCCCUUAGAGUAUAGAAAAACAUUUGCAACUUGGGAAAAAUCCAGGUGCCAUCACCCAGUUCCGACUUACGCGCGUCUUCUGGGAUCCGGUCACUUUCGGCACAGUCGUCGCCUCGCGCUUUACAAUCAGCUGGCAUGGAGAUGUGAAGAUUCGCGGGUAUGCAGAUUUCUGAUGCGAGCAAGUUUCUUGAGAACCGAUGUUUUGUCUCCGGCGGUAAAAGAUAUGAAACAACGAGUUGUUGCAGUACAGAAGAUUCUGACACAGGUCAAGAGAGAGAUAAGCUUGCCAUGCUGCGGGACACUUCACUAGUGUCUUGGAAUCAGGGACAAGGCUUACGACGAUGAUGUGGAGUGUUUGACAUUUUCUGUCUAGUGUCAUUAUCAGAGGUCCAUUCUCGUCCACAUCAGUCCGCAUUGCUCCUCUAUACCUUCCCACAACUAACACUAUUGGCACAAUACAAAAUGCAACAUCACAGUUUAUCUUGGUAUUUGUAAAUG